UAAUAAUUUCUGGUUCCAUAUAUGUGAUUGCCAUAAAUAAUAAAAAUUUAUGGAUCAUUGAAACCGAUUCAAGGUUUAGCGCAAAUUUCAUCCACUCACUUGGGUGGAUCACAUUUGGCAUUAUGUUUGAUGUCAGUUCGUGAUGAAAAGCCAAAAUCUAGUUCUUAACCCUAACAACCAACUGUUAACCGUGAUCUUUAUACCUGAAACCAAUUUCUAUCCCUCAUUUAAUCCUUAUAGGUAGGUGGACAGUGUGAAGGUCGUUCUAGCGCGGCUUUAAGGUCACUUGUAGUUAGCUUUAUUCAUGCUUGUUAUAUAUGAUUGUCAUCGAUGGCUUUCUUCAAUAAACGCAAGCGAGUUCUAUGCACACGCUGAGUCUUUGGCUCACUUUUACCCUCGUUCGUUUAUCAUAUUCUGCUCCUUACAUGUCUCAGCACAUAAAGCAACUUCAGGCAAGAUGUAAACUUACCUAAGGCCAAUCGUUGUAUUUCUCCGUAGGCAAAUCUACUUGUAACAAGAUGUCUUGUGGGUCAUUGACAUGUCUGUACAACUUUAUACGAUUGUAGCCGAACUAAUACUACAAGAACGUCGGUCGCUGUUUCAAAAAACACUACCAACCAUGCACUACUUCGUAAAUAAUACCCUAGCAAAAAGGGGAAAUAAAGGCAAACAUGACUCAAAUGAACGUGACGUCCCUUGGGAUGUAUUGUUAACAAAGGAGGGAUCAAUUGUUCUCAUUCUUCACCUUCUUUGGGGUUAGAACGUAGAGGACCCUUAUUUGUCACUUUUUGACGGCAUAAAUUCACAGUGAGUACAACCUUCAGCACAAUUUAUCGUAGGUGGAGUGCUGCUCUAGAAACAUCUGUAUUGAUCUUUCAACAACCACGUUGAUUUCAGUUGAUUUUCGCGUUUGUGCUGCACGUUUAGCAUUCUGGAGUUAGUUUUUUUUUAAAUAUCCUUCUGUAUUCGUCUAGUCUUCUUCCUGAUUAGCUAGUUCUUGCGGUAGUAGGUUUCUAGUUCUGGUCACUCACUGGGAAAACCGGUACACUACGGCAAUUUUGCCUGUUUAGCUUUUAAAUCCAUCCGUUGUGUUCUUGGAGUAUUCCUUAUAUGAGAGUAAGUGGUAUGCCAAGUUCGAAAUCACCUAGUGUCUAUUGAGUAAUAAUUAGGUCUUAUCCACUUACCGUAGGAUUACGUAAAAACGUUUAAGUCAUCAAGCCCAUUUUAAGGUUAAGCGUGUAGCUCAGGGAUUAAGCAAAUACCCGCUACGUAAUUAUCCUUUGCACUCAUUGCAAGAUAUUAGUCGUCUUCCAAACAGGGGCCUAUGACCUUUAUAUAUUUUUUGGUUUGGAUAUUGCUAAAGCCAUGUGAACAAAUUUAAACAUAGUUUUACCUCACUUUAUGAAAGCUAAUGUCGUCACUGUUUUAAUAACUGGCUUCAACCGAACGGUAGUGAGCCAGUCUUUAAAAGACAACUUGCUGUAAUCCUAUGGUCUUUGUAAGUUAAUACUAGUGGGACAAAGAUUUAAUUUUGUAGUUUGUGCUAUUUGCAUAUCCAAUACUCAUUGUGACGCAGCUCUAUUCUUAGGGUUUUUUCAUAUCAGAGACCACUUUAACAGGUUGUUGAUUUCGAACUGAAGUCCACUUACUUGAGCAUCCUCAGCCACUCGCUAUAUUUUGACGUUAUCAGUGUAAAGCAAUGUUGUGUAUUUGAUGAUAAGUUGGCCAGGUAUUAUGUAUAUGACCAUCUAAUAAACCAGGCAAUGCAGUCAGAUGAGCAUUUAUUCCAUUUUUAAUAUUAACUUAUUUAAAAGCCGGUGUGUAUUUACCAGCGAAAAAAACCAUCCAGUUUAAUUUUUUUGAUUAGAUUUUCAUAAAAAUAAUGAUUUUGUUGUUGAGCUUGAAAAGUAGGUAUGUUAGUCUAUUUUUCGUCUAAACGGUUCGUCACUACUCGUGUGUAUAUAUACUAUAAAUUUAGAAGUAGGAGUAAAGCGAAUGAACCUCUCAACUGAUCAGCCGUAUGAUUUCACAGAAGCAGCAGAAGAAAUAGAAGUUCUCUCUGCUAUAUAUGAAGAGGACUUUUUUAUCUUGGAGCCUGAGAACAAAGUCUACGAGAUAAGGAUCGACUCAAAAAUGGGUGAUACUACUAGCAAGGAACAAAUUAUCCUGAAAUUCCAGCAAGUCCCUGGCUAUCCUUCGGUCAAUCCAGUAAAAUAUGAGUUCGUAUUGUGAUGUUAUCAUCUAUGUUUUCAGAUUGCAUGCACCUUGGCUCAAGUGUAAUAUUCUUAAUGAACUCGACAAACAAUUGCAGCUUGUAGUCUCGUCUUCACUUGGCUCCCCAGUUGUUUAUAUGUUGGUUGAGACUGUUCGAUCAUUCAUGUGUAAUUAUUUGUCUUCGAGUACUGAAAAUCUAACCAUUCAUAAAGUUGAAGCAUCAUCAUCACAGUCUGUGCCGGAAAAUCACGAACUACCAAGUGCGGUUGUAUCGGUGCCUUCAGUAAAAUCUCAUCUUGACAUAUCUCCCCAAAUUUUGCCAUUUGCUUUAAACGCAAAAGUACCAGAGAUUUAUCAUGGUGAACCGCUUAUAGAUCGUAAAAGCAUUUUCCAGGUAACUAUCUUAGUGAUUAAAAGGUCGAUAUUUGUUUCAUAUCAAACUAUACUUUCGGUGUGACGUAUGGGAAUAUUUUUAUUGAAAGUGAUUGUUUUAAACAAGAGCACCGUUUAUCAAUAAGUACCUGCGUAACUAUAAGUAUUCCUUAGAUAUUAGCUAUUUAUUCAUUGAUUAUUAUUGAAAUGUUGGUUUUUGAACUGUAGAUUCAUGAUUAUUCUGUGGGUGAAAUCGCUCAAAGUUGGUCCAAUGGUGCAGGUACAUUCACUGUUUUCUUAUAGCUCUUUAAUCUUAAAAUGAUCUUAUACGUCUUAUUCCGCAAACUGAUUCUUUUUAAAUCGUAUUCUCUUCUCUACUACCACUGAUGCUAUUACUAUUACAACUGUUCUGACACAUUCGUUGACGGACGUUCGUGACAUGAUCUACGUUAAUUAUAUAUCAUGACUGGCACACGAUUGUUCUACAGUUGCAUUUUGUGUUAACUACUUUCGAAGUGUUAAGGAUACAAGGUGUAAGAUGAGAGUACUUGUAAGAUAGUUAAGGAAAUAACUUGGUGAUAAUGGAUUGUUUUCGUCUAAGUGGAUUGUUAAAGAAUGUUAUUUAUUGUUUUUAUUUGCACAACCUCUCAAGAGAUUACCAUAAAACAAUUAUACUUCUAUUAUUCUGGUUCCAAAACAUUCUAAAGCAUAUUUACUUUCUGGUAAUUUCUCAUUUGGUAAUAUUAGUUGACGGGAAGUUAACUUGUUUUAUCUAGUAAUUACAAGAAUUCCUAAUUAUUUUCGUAGGUAUUUCCAUUAUCGUCAUUGUCGUUUUCUGUUUUUUUCAGUUGAUAGUUACAUAUAACAACAUAUAUAUUUGCUUCCAUAAACUUAACAUAAGUACUUUAGUAUGUUCAGUUUGGAAAAAGAGCCAAUUAUACGAACGAUAUUUAUUUAUUUAACAUCAUAAACAUUGGUACAAGGAGGCACCAAAUAAGUAUGCGCCACACAAAUCUCAUUCGAUUUUUGUGAGGACUGGGAUACUGCCCGGUUGCCAAAACCCAAGCAGGUGGUUUUCUUAGAUGACCGCAUUCCGAGCCUUUGACCUAAAGGUCUAAUCCACAAGGCAUUGGAGCAACAUAAAUAGAUGCAGUCUCAUGAUAGCCGCUUACCAACGACUGGUUCAUACGCCAUUUGUUCCUUCAGGAUCCUGUGACCCAUGUGACCAUUGGUUAGGGAUCAGGGUUUUCCAACUCCCCUAGGUGGGCUCUCUGUGUCCACCGACCCGGUUAAAACGUCGGAUAUUCGCUUUUCGUCCUGAAUUUCGUAGACAACACUGCCGCCACGUGAAGGAAGUGAGUAGGACUUCCCCGGCAGUGGUUAUAUGCAUAUACGAAUGAUUAUCAGAGUCGAAACAACGUAACAUACAGGCUUUUAGUUACCAGAUGUUUUAUGUAGCAUUACGUAUAUUGAGAUCUCCCUGUGAUCUUUUCAUUAGCUUGUUUGUUAUAGUUCCUUAAUAAUCUUUCAGGAGAAUACACAUACAGAAAUAUAUUUUUGCUGAAGUCUUGGUUUUCUCUAGGACAGUUAUACGUAAGUAGGUUGAUAUCCUAAGUUGAACAAUAUAAGUAACUUUGGUUUUCUGAAAAUUGUGGUUUUUAAUGCAACUUAUCACCAAAUUACGGAUUGAUGCGAUUGACUAUUGAUUACAUUUUGCUUUGAUAACUCAGCGUUUGAACCAUGAGUCGGUUAAAAUUCCGUUUAAGCUGUGGGAUAUUUUGUGAGAUGAAAUAAUACUGUUCAAUAUGAGCGGCAUUAAUAAAAUACUAAUAUUGACUAUGUCGGUUGACUGUAUAGGCUCAUUGUGCACGUGUUUCUACCCGUGGUGAAGUAUCCCUUUUUAUAUCAACACUGCUUACGGAUAGAAAAGUUGCUACAGCUACUCAUAAUAUCCUAGCUUGGCGUAUCUCCUCCAAAGAAGCUGACUGUGACGAUGAUGGAGAAACACAUGCAGGUGGUCGACUAUUACACUUACUUACAUUAUCAGGAAUUGAAAAUGUAGCGGUUAUGGUGAGUGUUAUAACUGAAAAAUCGUAUUUAAUAUUGGCGAUUAUUCAAGGUACCAAGUUGUAAUAUUAACAUAUAGUUUGUUACAUCUUAUUUGACCAUGGUAUGCUCUACAGGGGAAAUUGUUAUUCGUUGGUUUUCAUCUAAGCAAUAGUGUAGUUCAGUUCUUAACAGAUAAUAUUAACCUAUUUAGUGGCACUUGUAGACAUUAUUGAUCAAUUUCCACUACUUGGGCAAAUUUAAAUGUUCUUAACAAAAUGGCUUUGUAGAUUUAAUCUUCUUGGUUACACUGCUGAAUACCAAAUAAUCGAAGGCAGCAAAAUUACUAAUCAGUGUAACUGGUCUAAUGUCUAAUUAUUCUUAAGGUUCAGUCCUUUGAGUUAAAAGUCAUUGCUGUCUCCUAUCACAUUUUUUUUCAAAGUGUUACAUUGUUUAUCCUUUUGUGUCAAUCUUCGGAGAAAACACCGAUACGUUAAUUGUGGAUAGCUACCGUUAACCAUAAUUAUUUGAUGGUCGACUUUAAAUGUGUCGCGUUUGGAGUAGUAUUCAUCCUGAAGGGUGCAAGCAAAAGGUUGACUAUCGAAAGGGCUAGUGUAAAGGGGUGGACAUUAAUGUGCGGGACCAUUAAAAAGGGGCAUAUUAAUACAGGAUAAAGGGCUAAGCGAACAUUAAAAAUGUUAUUUCCCAUUUCAAUGCCCGCAUUUAUUAAUUUUCCCCUUUUUGAUGGUCACCUUUUUUGACUCGCCCUUUUGCUUCCACUCUUAUUAGUGUGAACUGUUUGGAUCUACCCAUGAUGUAUUCGCUUCUUUCUAGCUGGCUAGAUUCUCGUUAGACUGAAUUUAUUUCUACUUCUUUUAGUCAUAGUUACUGUAAACCUUGGCACAAAUAUUGGCUAGUCAUAUUAGAUCAGCAUGAUGAGAUGAAUAGCAUGAGAUUCGAAAUAAUCGUAGUUGAAAUUAUGGUAAAAAAAGAUCAAACGUUCAAAAUAUUGUUCGAGUAAAUUGAAUAAAAAGGUAUGGGUAAAGAAGUGCUUGGACUCAAAAUCCAGAGAACGAUAAAGAGCCAGUGCAUCUAGGCUACUGUGAUCUAUCGUAACUCAUGUCAUCCCACAUAUCUAACCAUUGAUCACAGUAAUCACGUGGAUACCAACCAGCUAGUAUGUAUCUACCGAUAUGGCUUCGACCGACAGUCAGUGAAUAGAUGUUCUCAAUGCUUUAAGGACGUCUGUGAUCAAAUAGUAGUAGCCGACGAAUGUUGCGAUAUUUCACAGCUAUAAAAUAUGACAGCAAACUGCCGUGCAGUGAAACGGCACGCGAGGGCCACAAAGAGAUGCUAGUUAGUAUACGUCAAGCGAGCUUUCUUUAUCUCCAAUAUUUCAUCAAACCAUCCCAAUAAAGCAAAUGAAACUUCGAUACGUUAAAUGGUUUAUCCACUUAGCUACCUUAUUCUUUAUGAUCAAUCUGAACUAUAAUACAAACCAAUCAUGAGGUAACAUUUUCCCCUUAAAGGGAGAGCAACGCAUCUUUAAUAUUUUAUUUAAAUCACGACAAUCAUGACAAACAUUUUGAAACUUGGAAGCACUAGAAAGCUGUUUCCUCCUAGAGCAAGUUAUAAUAAAAUAAGGACUUGGCUUACACUUAUGAAAUGGAAAUCAAGCAGUUUCCUUACAAUUACACUUCAGUUGCUGUUGACCCAUUUAGACAAUGAGAGGAGUAACAUCAGCAUUUACAAAGACUUACUUUACUUACGCCUGUUAUUCCUCGUGUAGGGGCCCACAAAUCUUUUAUUAUCUCCCCAAAAAGUAAUAUUAGUUUGAACCUCCUUGCUACAUACAAUCUGAUUUUUACCUUGAGAGACAGGGCAACAUAAAAUAUCAGAAAACAAAUGAAGAAAUAGAAAACAGGUGAAACUCAUUGAAAAGAAUCUGUAUUGUAGGCUCACAAAUAAUUCUCGUUGCACGAGUGUAAUAAUUAAGGUUUUAGGACUGUAAAAUCUGAAGUUUUACUGUAUUCAUAGCAGAUGAUAUUUGGUUAGUUAGCAGCUUUUAACUCAUCCACAAAGUUUUUAUCGAAUGAUUGGCGGUAUUUUAAAAAGAAAGUUACAAGUUUUCCUGAAUUCUAUUCAAGUGGUUUUUGAUUUAUUUUUCUCUGUAUGACAUAUUCUUUACAAGGAUCCACUUCUUAAUUAAUACAUCGUUGUGUUUCAUCUACACGUCAAAAUUCAUUUGAAAUAUCUGGCUAAACCUUAUUUCUUUAAUCUCCUAAAUGUUUUCAUAUUUUUAUUUUUGCCAUUCGUAGUUUGUGUGUUCUAUUUUCUAGGUAAGUCGAUGGUAUGGUGGUAUUCAACUUGGACCUGAUCGAUUCAAACAUAUCAACAAUGUUGCUCGCCUUUUGUUAACUGAACAUAAAUUCUUAUCGAAUACUAGUGACGUUAGUAAUAAUAAUGGUACAGGACAUCAGAAAAAACAUAAACACGACAAAAAGAAAAAGAAAUAAAACAACUUGUUUCUCUCUCACAAAAAUUCAUUUAUGUUUCAGUUUUGUAAAUUUGUUGUUUUGUCUUCUACUAUUAUUUCUUUUAUGAGUUGGGAAGAGGCUAGAGGUGGCUAAAUCAAAACAUGUUAUCAGUCUAUGAAAUCUUUGAUUGUUGGUCUAAUUCAUACUGGUAAAUUUUUAACUCUGGUUGGUAUCAGCGCGUUAACUACAGUCAGUGGUUAGCGACUUUGGGUGAUAUGGUUCAGUGUCGUCUUUAUCUUGCAAGAUUUACUCUUUCUUUAUAUUAUUGCUAUCAUAUUAUUUUAACAUUUGUUUGCUACUUUAAUCUCGUUACGCUAAUCUAGUAUGGCAACAUGGAUCAACUCACACAUGUACCAGGUUCUAUACCGUUGAUGAUGAUGAUGACUCGAUAUUUUAUUUUGAAGUAACCAUGAAUGACACCACUUGUUCAUUUAACGGCUGCGUUAAGUUAAGUGGGCAACAUGUUUUUAGUGAAAGAAAACAACGAAAACUGGCAAAAGUAUAGUUGUAUGGAAAAAAACUUGAGUGAUUCUUAAAAUAAUCGUGUGAUUUCGGAACCACGUUUUAGCCAAUUACUAGAGGGUUUGUAUAAAUCGAAAGCAUUCCUCAAUAAAUGUUACGGCGAAAUCUAUUAGAGUUUAGUGGUUUGAGGAAUUUCGAUUUUUAAGGUUUGUUAUCAAGUGAUACGUCAAGUAGACCAGACAAAGUGUUUUUAGUUAAGAUGCUGAUGCGUAUUGCUUGUUAAUUAAACAUGUAUUCACUUAUGUAAUCAUAACGGUUAACAGUGCUAUCUCACCAAUGAGUCCAUUUGCAAAUAGCUUCUUACCAGUAAGUUGUAAGCGGGAAUCAUUUUGCUUAUUGUAAUGUGUAUUAUUGACUUCAGACUUAUAUUUUCAGUCUUCAGUGACCUGUGUUAAUCAUUGCAGGUUAUUUUCCAUUGGAAACCCAAUUUCUUGAGCGUUCACUGAUAGACUUGAUAUCAUUUGUUCAGUUAAGCCGUUCCAGUCGUUGACCAGUCAAUGAGAAAAACGAAAUCUCACUCAGUUUAUUUGAUUGCCGUUUUAGAACAUUCUUUCUAUGGCCUUGAAGAUGAUUAGUUCUGGAAGGGAGUAAAUAAUAAGACAUGUUAACACCUGAAUAAAUGUUUUAUCCUUCUGCCCCCCUCUCCAGAACCAACCCUCUUCGAGACUGCUGCAUCCUGUAGUUGAAAUCUAUAUUUUGAUAUAUUGAAGUACUUGCAUGAGAAUACUUCAUCAUAAACACGUUUGUUCGGCUAAACAGAACAGUACAGCCAAUUAAGUGUGAAGUUGAACCACUUAGAUUUUCUUCGGGAUUCUAGUUUACAGUGUAAGGCUUUCCUAGAAUAUUUAAAAUUAUUUCACGUGUGAUGGCUUUUAUGGAUUUCUCUAAAUGAUCCUAUGAAUUAUAAUUCGCACACUUUUGUCAUACUGUUCGAUGGUUAAUUAUGGUAAACGACCAUCGAAAUUGAGAUUAUUGAAGCAUAACCUUAACCUAUAAUUUACACUGGUUUAGAGUCAAAUAUCGCUACUUCACUCGUUGGGCCAACCACUUCUAGUAUCGUAAUGUAGUUAUUAUGGGUAAACUAUUUAAAAGUGCUUGCUUAGUUUUCUAAUCAUUUCCCUCGAAAUAUCAAACAUAACAUACAAUGUCUUUUGAUACCGUUUAAUGCAAUGGUAUGGUUUCAUUCCUCGUUUGUCGAUUUUCUCUAAGAAUGUCAAAAUUAUCAUAUAGUAGUUAGGAUGUCAACUGAGUUAGUAUAUGCGUUGUUAGAUUUACCAGAAUAACUUAACUCAAGUUGAUUAAAUUCAAAGAUUAUUGGAAUAUUCAUAUAUGAAUUUCUCUGAAUCAAGAAUGGUUUUACAUUAAUUAAUAUUUAGUUCAGGUUAAAAACUCAUAAGAAUUAGACAAUCAGCGUGCGCCAACGUAAUCGUGCAUUGAGCAUACUUCAAUCCAAUCUAUGUCCCGCUAAUAACUAUACUGCUAUAAAAUCAUAUUUGUUUCAAUGUAAUUAUCUAGAUCGUAUAUUCUUUGUGUAUCCCUCAUUGUUUGGCUUAUCACAUGAGAAUUAGCAUUUUAAUUCUAGAUUGUUUUAUGAUUGUAUACUUCAAUAUUCACAAAUUACAUUGUUUUAAUACAAUACCAUCAACCCUUUAGAUAUAUUCAGGUGCAUCGUUUCGUUUAAAGAAACCGCACUAUCAUUUCAUGCGUGUUUAAAACAAUCUCUAUUAUAUUCGAAAGUCUAUUCAUUCAAAUACUAAGUUGUUACUUAUUAUAUGGUUUUCAAUAGUGACUAUGUUUAAGUAGUAUUCUAUUGUUUAGUUUCUAGUGUUACUAUAGUAGUUCUUCUACAAAUCUGUUCACUUUUUUUCCUUUCAUUAUUCAUUGUUGUUAUAGUUUCAGAUAUUUGGAGAAAAAUGAAGAUUUAUUGUGUUGUUGAGCCUUUCUAGACAUUGAAUAUAAUAACACUUGAGUGUAUUAACGAUUCAUUUAUUAGAAGUUAACUCUGAUUACACAUAUUGAGAUUGAAUGAUUAACCUAUUGAAAACUAAGGAGGGUUAGAUAGUUAUUUUAUAUGCUAAGAUGAAAUAGUUGUGUGGUACUUCACGGUUUUCAGUAGCUUUACAGUUGAUCAAAGUCCUUUAUAAAAAUCAACUUUAAACUUAAACGUUUUGGAUGCGCACUGCCGAUGAGUCCCAUACUAGGACGAAACAGCCGUCCAGUGCUUCCCGGUUUACCACGGUGGCAUAGUUUCAAUUGACUCAUGAAUUCGACUAUUAAAUUUUGACGUUGGUUUAUACGUUUAAUCAAAGUGUUAGUUCAUAAGAAGGGUAAUGUUUCAUUCCGGUUUGAAAUUCUUUAGUAGCGCACACUAAGGACUUUUAUCAUAGCAGAGGAAAUGAUGGUUUAAAAUACAUGGUGGGAUCGCAGUGACCUGUUAAAUUCAAUUUCACUUGAUUUAUAGUAAACCGAGAUUUUCGUUCGAAAAGUGUCAAAUUCUGUAGAUCUAUAGGUCAUCAUUAUAAUAACUUGACUAUCAAUUAACCGUUGACUAAAUUUUAAGGAGGGAACUAUAUUCAACGUAUUAGCUGAUGGCUCAUAGAUAUAUAUAUGUAGUUGUUCCACUUCAAUAAUUUCUUAAAAUUUAAAAUAUACUAGCUGUUAACAAGAAUAAGAUUCAUAUUUAAACUGCGACCUAUGAUCAUUGAACUGUUCAACAAGUACAAUUUUCAAAGAAGAACAAUACCGAUCAAUUAAAAUUCUCACAUUAGUCUAACACAGUGUUGAGUAUUAAAUUAUCAACUCGUCAAUAUUGACUAAUUUCUGAAGAUCAACAUCAAUGUCUUCAGUAUUGCGGAUACGAUUUACUGACAUAUAUACAGUGAAAAAGAACAAAAUUGGGGACGAUCAAAUAUAUUUGAACAUAAGGUUACUGCACAUCUUUGUAAAAUUUGAGAACCAUAUAGUAAAUACUUCAUUCACAAAAUAUCAAUCAAUUAUCUCGAGACUGACUGUUCAUUCUUUACAAAUAAGAGUCAGUCGUCUCAGACUUCGUUGUUCCUGCAUUUUCAUAGCAAUUGCAUUCUGUUCCCGUUCUUUCCUUCACCGUGUGCCGGCAGACAAUCUAAUUUUGACUAUUGUUACAUACUACUCAUGUCGAUAUAAGUAGCAUAAACUAUAAUAUACAGCGACAAAUCAACUAACAGAUAAUCUAUAACCACUAGUGAUAUCAAGUUUGCUUUGUACCAGCAAAUUAAUAUAUACUUGUUAUACUGAGUUAGAUUCCCAACAGGCUUAGUAAUACACAUUUCCGAAGAGUUUUACACUAUAGCAAAACUGAUUUCCAGUGGUUCCUGUUUUCCAUCUGUUAGCAGUCUGUCAGUCUAUCGAACUACGGUUCCCCCGUUAACAUCAAUUUAUGAUCUUUAAACAAUUGGUCAAAAUAUAUCCUUCAAAUCUAGACAGUUGAGAACUAAAAAGAUGAUUUCUUUAUGUUCUGGUUAUCUUUUAAUGUUUUUCAUUGUAACUUAUUUAAUAUCAUUAUAGUAAGACAUAUAGUAUGAAAUAUAACAAUAAAAUGAUUUAUUUGUACAAAUAAUACAGAGAUUAGUUUUACUUUUAAAAAGGGAAAUGGAUGUGCAAAUUAUGACAAGAUGAUUUGAUGGUAAUAAAUUGAAAGAAGUAGAUAAUUCAGUUGAAUAAUUGUGUACAAUCUAAAAUUCUAUUGUUUUCUGAAAUGAUCUGUGUAAGAGCCAUAAUUUUAUUUGAAAUAGUUUUACUACUGAAGAAUUAUUAAAGUAGUUAUUCCAUCAUGACUCAAUCUAUUAAUUAACUAAACUGAAAUUUCUGUAAAAAAAACCCAGCUAAACAAAAUUUAGUUUAUACUGAAAGAUCUCACAGUAUAUAUGUUAUUAUCCCGACGAGAAUUAUGGAUGGUAACUUUUGAGAACUAUUUAUGGACUAAUACGAUACAUAUACGACUUACCAUUCUUGAAUUAUACCCUGUCUAUUAAUUGCAGUCUCCCACGUUCACAGCCACUUUUGACUACAUCUUGUACAGAUGUCAUUUUCCAUUUUAUAGUACGAUGUGGUCUGUUUGGUUUGUAUAAACAUACAAUAUAUUUGAAAUACAUGAUUCAGAUCGCAGAGGCUGGAAUUGGUGUUACUGACUUAACAGGCAGGGCUAGGCAGGAAGAUGGACCGAUAAGGACUUUAGACUGCUUGUAUAGGUCUUGUGCGUCAUUGGUCUGAUCGAUAAGCCACUGUGCCCUAACUACUUGUAUCACUACAUUAUAUAUUAAUAGGGCACAAGGCCACUUGUCUGAAAAUAAGAUUUUCGUCAUUUUAGGACUUACAAUGGCUGAAUAUGGAGCAAAUUAAGAGUUUUUAAAUGGUCGAUGGUUGUUGAUCAACCUUUUGUUACUGUAAAUUAAUUCAUAGAUUCAAUGCAAUAGGCCUAAACUAAAAAUGAAUACCUGAGAUCAUUUAGUAAGAAACAGUAUUUUUUAUUUCUCAUUUAGACAUGGCAUACAUAAUACAGCUGUUUAAUGAUGACAUUAAUUAACACUCACUAGUAAGUCUUAUCUAUAAUCUCGCCGCGAGAUUUGAAGUUCUUGUGUUCAGUCGCCAAUAGGGUUGUGGAUAAGUACUACUCAAAGACUUUAUAGUAGGAUGAGACAGCUCCUUAAUACUUUCCAAUUCUCAAUGGUUUUUCGAAUAUGGUUACUGUUUGAUGUAGACUUUAUGAUCUGGAAGUAAUAUUUACAAUUCAUUUCAGAGACACGUCACCAAGAUGAUCGUGUUGCAGCAAAUCUUGUAAGAAUGAGACUUUAACAUUGACUGCUGACUAACUAGUUACCAAUAUCAUGUUUGUUUACUUGUUAUUACAGACCAUAUAUUGAGUUGCGAUGAAAAGUAAGACAACACUUUCUUGGAAAUAGUAUUACUUUCGCGGAUGAAUAAAAUAACAUUGUUACUAAUUCAUGAGUACAGUAUAUUCCAUAAGUCUUUCAAAAUCUAGUCAAGUGACAAUAGAAACUCAUGAUGGUCAAAGUGUUUAGCAAUCAUAAAGAGUAGAUUGCCUACUAAUUAAACGUGACGAAAUAUGUUUUAUAUUGACUUUUAUCAUUAGGUUAACAAUCAAAUAAUUGUAACUUAGAAAUUUUGUUAUUCCGAUUAUAAUACACAAUCAGUCAGCUACAACAUAGGACCAGGCACAUAUAUGCAUCGGUCCAAGUUGCCAUACAUCAUUAGCACAGCAAGAUGAACACCGGAUAUGAAGUGAUUUUAAUUUCAUAGUUUGAAAGAAGACAGAGAGUGUAUACACCGACGCCAUUGUGAUUAAUUCUGAGCCAUUUCACCGACAGUCUCCAGCCAUUGGUUACGAUAGUCAAACAGAACCCAACCAAGUAGUCUGUAUCUACCACCAUGGCUCACAUCAGAAGUUAGUGACUUCAAGCACUGAUGCCACGUUUUGGUUUGGCCGACCCUAACUUUCUUCCAACCAUCCCCAACACCAGUCAGCAUUGCACGUCGUGGUAAUCGGUUUUCAGGCAUACGUAACACGUGGCCCAACCAUCUCAGUCAACGAAGAUUCACAACCUCAUCGACUGAUUUACCAUCAUUCCCCAAUACCCUGGCGUAUAACCUCACUAUUACUUACCCGGUGAUCCCAGCAGACGCCAGCAAUAUUUCUGAGGCAUCUGUGGUCAAAUAGUAGUAGCUUACGAGAAUCUUCAACUCUUAAUGUCCAUGUUUUGCAGCCGUAAAUUAGAACAGAAAGAACUGGUGCUCAGUAUGCUCG